CGAGGAAGCGGCGCGGCUUCCUGCGACGGGGGCCGGGGAUAUAGGCGCCCCCGCCCGGGCCCGGCGCAGCGCCGCCGCCCCUCCUCGCCCGCUCGCCGCGCGAUGGCCUCGCUCCGGGCCGAGCGUCCCGCCGGCGGCCCGCGGACCCCGGCGACCCGCGCGGGGCGACCCACCGCCUUCAGCCUCCUCCUCCUGCUGGGCGCCACCCUGAAGCCCCAGGGGUCCGUGGCUCAGCUUCCGACCACCGCAGGCAGCCUGGAGUCCGGAGUGCCCACAGGGAAAAUGGAGACGUAUGAUGAGAGCAUUUCACGUUGCUGGGGAGACUACCAGGUUGAUAUGGACAAUAUCAAAGAAGACUGGUGCGACUGGGCCAUGAUUAGCAGGCCUUACAGCGACCUGCAGGAAUGCUUGGAAAGAGAAGCCGAACACUUUGACCUGGGCUUCCCCAAUCCCUCGGCGGAACAGAUCAUCUUUAAGACUCACCAGACCCACUUUGCCAACUGCACCCUGGCGGAGACCACCUUCUCAGACCCCCCAGAGGAUGUACUCCUGGCCAUGAUCAUAGCCCCCAUCUGCCUCAUCCCGUUCCUGGUCACCCUUGUGGUGUGGAAGAGUAAAGACAGCGAAGCCCGGGCCUAGGGUGGCAUACGUUUCUCAGCAGCCGGCCCUCCCUUCCCUGCCACCCCCCCCCCCCCCCCCCCCCCCCCCCCCCCGGUCUCCCUCCCCGUCUCCCUGACCCCUUCUCUCGCCUCACUGCACACAGAGCCUGAGAUUGGGGGAAUGGAGCUGGGGAGGGUCAUGGCACCAGUUCUGCAAUUUUCAAAAUAAAAGGUUUCUUUUGUACACCGUCCUCCUCCCUAUCCCAGUGGGGCCUGUGUCCCUCCCAGAACCUGUCAUGUCCACAGACCCCCAGCUCUGGGCCACAGAGCCGCAAGAAUCUGAUAGCCCCACUGUUUUGUUUACUUACCGGCCCCCACAGGCCUCCGCCGGCACCCCCACCCCCCACCCCCACCUGAAGGCUGCACUCCUACAUUCCUCCCUCCCAAGGUGGGGCCUUUCCUGCCCCUAUCCAAACCCAGCUCCAGGAAGCCUGCAGGAAAAGACUCCCUUCCGGUCUGGACAGCCGCUGGGGAGGUGUGGGGGGAGGGGCGAGGGAGGACUCUGGACUGUGACUCCUACCAGAAGGAAGGGGGGGCCACCCAGGAGUUCCGAAUUUUCCCCUUUCAUGUUUCAGUUCACUUCUAGAGACUUCGAACAGGAACUCUGAUCAGACUAACUGGAUUCCACCCCUAAGGACCUCAGUCAGGAUUGAGGGUAAAGGCAAUGGGGGAUCCCUCUGCUAGGUUCACCACAGGACUCCCCCUCCAGGUCCCUGGCCCUCAUCCUACAUUGUCCUGGACCCCGGGGGUGUGGCCUACAGCCUGGCUGCACACUGCCCCCUGGUGUCCACUAACCCAAAAAGCAGAAGAUGGAUGUGUGGUGGAUGAAGCUCAAAACAGGAGAUUGGACCCUGAGGUCAGAGACCUGUCAUCUCCAUAGCAAACAGUAGUUCUACCGGCUUCCUGAGUCAGACUUGGGCUCCCUGAAGACACUUUCCUACUGUCGACAUAAGAAAUGUCCAAACCUGUGGAGAAUUUUUAAAAGACUUUCUUUGAGAGGUGGUGGGGCUGGUUGGAGGUGGGCAAGAGGGGAGAAAUGGGGGACAUCUGUAAUAGUGUGAACAAUAAAAAUAAAGUUUA